GCCGCCCCCCUCGCCCCUCGGGAGCCAAUGAGGAGCGUGUGUGGGCGGGCCCGGAGGCUGUCCUCUCUUAGUAAGUUCUAGAAGCCUCAUGGUGUGAAGCAGGAGACAUUGAAAAAUAAAAUGGAUAAGGUGAGCGAGUUGAAGGAUCAGGGUAACAAGGCUCUGAGCGCGGGGCGCAUCGAUGAGGCGGUGCGCUGCUACAGCGAGGCGCUCGCCCUCGACCCCGGAAACCACGUGCUGUACAGCAACCGCUCUGCAGCCUUCGCCAGGAGAGGAGAGUACAAGAGAGCGCUGGAGGAUGGGAGCAAGACUGUGGAGAUCAAACCAGACUGGGGCAAGGGUUACUCUCGGAAGGCAGCGGCCCUCGAGUUCCUGGGCCGGUUUGAAGAGGCCAAGACAACCUAUCAGGAGGGGCUGAAGCACGAGCCGACCAAUCAGCAGCUGAAGGAGGGGCUUCAGAACAUGGAGGCGAGGCUCGCAGAGAAGAAGAUAAUGAACCCGUUCUCAGUGCCUGACCUAUAUGAGAAGCUGGGGAGCGACUCUCGAACCCGCGCCCUGCUCUCUGACCCGAGUUACAGGGAGCUGAUCGAGCAGCUGAGGGGCAAGCCAGCUGACCUGGGCACUAAGCUGCAGGACCCCCGGGUGAUGACCACACUGAGCGUGCUCCUGGGCAUCGACCUCGCCGGCGUCGACGAGCAGGAGGAUGAGACUCCGCCCCCGGCCCCGCCCCCCAAGAAAGAGGAGCCGCCCAAACCCAAGGAGGAGGAGUUACCGGAAAACAAGAGACAGGCUCUGCAGGAGAAGGAGCGCGGGAACGAAGCCUACAAGAAGAAGGACUUCGCGGAGGCGCUGAAGCACUACGAGGCGGCCGUGGAGCUGGACCCGGUGAACAUGACCUACAUCUCCAACCAAGCAGCGGUGUAUUUUGAGAAGGCAGAUUAUGUGCGAUGUAGGGAGCUUUGUGAGAAAGCCAUCGAGGUGGGGAGAGAGAACAGAGAGGACUACCGACAGAUCGCCAAGGCGUACGCUCGCAUUGGAAACUCGUUAUUCAAGGAGGAGAAGUACAAGGAGGCGAUUCAGUCGUUCAACAAGAGCCUGACGGAGCACAGGACCCCCGAGGUGCUGAAGAAGAGCCAGCAGGCUGAGAGGAUCCUGAAGGAUCAGGAGAGGCUGGCCUACAUCAACCCUGAGCUGGCUCUGGAGGAGAAGAACAAGGGCAACGACUUCUUCCAGAGAG